AUGGUCCCGCCGCCCGCCCAUCCCCUCGCCGUCCUCCUGGCCGCUAGCGCCGCUCUCCUCUCGAAUCUCGCCGCGGCAGCCGCUCCACCACCUCCGCCAGCGCUUCCAGUCGCGACAGCAGCACCUACGACAUACUCGCCGCCGCCUGCGCCGUCUACGAACGCACAGGGAGGCGUCCACAUCCCGUUGCUGCGACGGAACGGUCACUUGGCGCGCCGAGCCGCUUCCGACGACGAGCUUCGCGAGAUCCUGCGCGGAUGGGCCGUGAGGGAGAAGGGCAGGCUGCUUGGCAAGUACGGUUCGAGCGAGGAGCGGCUCAGAAAGAGGGCGGUAGACGGACAGCGGAGCGUGCGCAGAGAGGAGGCGGUGCUUGACCUCGACGAGCGAGAUGCGGACGACGAGGGCGUCGAGGCGAGUCGACGACGACGGAGAAGAGUACGGGCUAUCGAGGAGAGGCAACUCGGAGCGCCCGGCGGCGGCGCACUCGGUUCUCACACCGCGCUCAGUACCGCCGGAGUUGGCGGGAGUUCCGCAGCGUCGUCGCUGUCGGGAUCAGGAUUGGGCUCGGUGACGCAGACGAGCAGCACGACACAUACCGCGCCGACGUCGCUGCCGACCCCGAGCAACGCACCGGUCGGCGAGGUUCGCCUGCUCAACUACGACGCAGAUCUGUCAUACUAUGCGCCAGUCGGCAUCGGCGUCCCUGCGCAGUACAUGAACUGCAUUCUCGAUACGGGUUCCGCCGACUUGUGGGUCGCCUCGGAAGAGCUCUGCGCCUCCUCCUCCGGCUGCCCCUCGUCCGUCCCGCUCUACAACACCUCGCUCUCCACCACCCAAAAGGACAUGAACACGUCCUUCCUCGUCAAAUACGGGUCGGGCUCGGCGCAGGGAGAGAUCGUGCAGGAUUACGUCUCGUUUGGAGGGUACAACGUCUCGAAUCAGGCGUUUGCGGUGGUCGACAGUGUUAGUCGGGAUCUGCUGGGCGGAGACAUUGGUGGUCUCAUGGGCCUCGGCUGGCAACCGCUCGCCGCAUCAGGCGUGACCCCCUUCUGGCAAAACCUGUACCAAGCGCCCGCCCUCCCCUUCCCCGGCUUCGGAGUCUCCCUCACGCGCUUCGUCAACGUCACCAACGCGUCCGCCAUCGAACCCGGCGGCUCCCUCACCUUCGGCUACCUCAACGCGUCUCUCUACUCUUCCGAAAUCAACUACGUUCCCAUCCCUUCGGGGAUGGAAUCGUUCUGGGUUGUGAGGAUGGACCAGGUUGCGGUGAAUGGGACGAAUGUGACUAGUUGGGCGACGCAGCAGGGGCAGGGACAGUUUGUUGCGAUCGAUACGGGUACGACCUUGAUCGGCGGUCCGAAGGAUGUCGUGCAGGCGAUUUAUGCGCAGGUUCAGGGCGCGAAGGCGGCCACGGGAGCGUAUAGCGGCUAUUAUUCCUACCCGUGCCGGCAGAACGUCACCGUCGGCCUGACUUUCGGUAACGUCACCUACAACAUGUCGACCGCCGACUUCAACCUCGGGCCGUUCGGGAUCGACUCGACGACGGAUCAGGCGACGUGCUUGGGCGCGUUCUUUGAUCUGAGCUUUGGAAGCAAUAGUCGGAUUAGCUGGGUGAUCGGCGCCGCGUUUCUCAAGAACGUCUACUCGGUCUUCCGCGCCUCCCCACCCUCCGUCGGUUUCGCCCUCCCCCCAAACUCGACCCUAAUCCGCUAUCCCUCGUGGCCAUCGAACUCUUCCGACCCAGCGCACGACGGGAACCUCACUGCUCCACCAGGCGGAAUCUACGGGCCGAGCGGGACGAUAGGCGGCGACGCUUCGACUGGUUCGCCGAGCGUGAGGACGACCCUCGUGGCGGCGAAUACGGUGACGACCGCUGUGCAGGCUGGAGGCGGGACGGGGAGGACGUCGAGCGGUGCGGUGCGGAGAACGCUGGUUGAAUGGGCGGCCGUGGGAGGGACGGCGGCGGCGCUCGUCGUCGGAGUUGCGAUUGUUGCGGUUUGA